GACAGCGUUAGUGUGAACAGGUGACUUGGACCUGAGACGCCGAGUCCAGACGGGAGCGCAAUUGCGAUAGUCCGUCUGCGCGGAGUAAAGUUUUUGAAGAAUUUAAAAAUUUCUGAUCGCGUCUUCUCCAUCUAUCUUCCCUACCUCUACAAUCAUCUCUCUCCCCAUUUUUUUUUUCGUCGGGUUUCACAUAGAAUUGCCCCCCGAAUCGUAUCUUCAAAGCUUCUCUUACCCCUUUUCUCGCCAUUUUACAUCGACCGAGCUUAGGUCCUCGUCACCGUCAUGUCCACCGACUUUGGAGCUUCGUUGCUUGAUCGCCUCCAGGGGUCCGAACCUACCGAGGCGCAAUUGAAGAAGAUGUCUUUCCUCGAAGAGAAGCGCUCUCGCAUUGACGUCGAUUGCCUUCGUGACAACACCCUAAAGAUGCGUGAUUGGUACAACGAGCGCGAUGCCUUCGUCAACGGAAACGAUGAGAUCAAGGAGAACUUCUGGGUUCGCGUCUUCGCCAAUGCCCCCAGCGAGAUCGAUCAGUACAUCAUGACCCCUGACGCGGCCGCUCUAGGCUCCACCCUCAAGAACCUGAAAGUGGACCGGUUCGAGCUUAACGAGCAGGGCAAGGGUGAGCCCCGUAGCAUUCGUUUGACCUUCGAAUUCCGCACUGGCGAGGAAAACCCAUUCUUUGAGAACGAGAAGCUCGUCAAGGAGCUCUACUGGCGUAGGAGAUCCGUCAAGACUGCCGAUGGCAAGACCAAGUCCUGGGAGGGUCUUGUCUCCGAGCCGGUUCGCAUUCAGUGGAAGAAGGAUAUGGACCUCACCAAGGGUUUGCUCGACGCGGCUUGCGAUCUGGCCGAGGCCGAGAAGGGUGGAAAGGACCGCAAGAAGCUCCCGGAGUUGGAGAAGCUGAAGAACAAGAUUGUUGAACUGGAGACGACUGCCGACCAGGAGGAGGAUGAGGACGAGGAUUUCCCUCUCAGCCCCGCAGGCGCAAGCUUCUUCGCCUUCUUCGGCUACCGGGGUAACGACGUAUCGGCAGAGGAGUCGAAGGCCGCUACCCAGCAAGCUGACGAGCGCUUUGCCAAAUUGUCGAAAGGAGAGACAGUUGAGGAUGAAGAAGAAGAGGAGGACGAAGAAUUCGAAGACAUCGAAGUCUUCCCAGACGGAGAGCAGCUUGCCAUCGCUAUUGCUGACGAUUUGUGGCCCCAUGCUCUCGAACUUUUCAGUAAGUUGUUCACAUCAAAUCUUUGAAAUAGAUAUUCUAACGAUGUCAAGGUCGCGAUGAGGGGAUGGAUAUCGAGGAACUCGAGGGUGACCUUGAAGACGAAGACGAGGAUGACGAAGACGACGAGGAAG